CUCAAACUACUCUACUCAUCCUCGCACCACCCCCAUCAAGAACAUCACCUCACCUCACCUUGCAAACACCACCCACGCAACUCAAACAACCCAAACCACCAUCAAUAUGCAGCUCUCAUCUCUCCUCAUUCUCACCAUCGCCACCAUGACCAACCUGGUCACAGCAAAGGGCGGCCCCCCAGCCAAAAUCUCUAUCCCCCCCUCGGGCAACCCAGAACUCUGCCUCAAGCGCCUCGCCACCUUUCCCAACCGCAACAACAAGCGCGUCGACUUCCUCGGCGGCCGCUGCAUCCAAGCCCGCACCUACAGAGGAAAAUUCGGCCCCUACAACGGCGACUUCUUCUUCGAGACGUGCUGCACAGACAAGGACGACAACUAUGGUGAGCCGACUUACGUCAAUGUUGACGAGUGCAUGAUAUUCGAUCCCGUUAAGGGCACGCUCGGAUGGAAUAAUCUCAACGAGAAGAAGAUUCGCGAUCACUGCAGCAUGUGUGAUGUCAACCCCGCGCUCUUCGCCAAGGAUGGGUAUCCUGCUGGUCCGUACUUGACCUGCGAGUGCAAGAAGGACAAUAAUGAGGUGGUUGAGGCUAAGAUCUGGUUGGGAACGGAUAGUAAUGCCUCCAAGGAGCCCAAGGAUACGUUUUGGGUCAACGAAGGGGGCAAACUCACCUGCAGGAAGCAACCGAAGCAGUAGAAGCAGGGUGCUUACCAAGUUACUGCGGCGUUAUCAGGAUCAAGGAGGUUCGGUGUACGAUAGAGUAGGGAGUCUCGGUCUUCCCUCAACGAUACACCACUUCAUGGAAGAGGGCAGCAAGGGUCUCCACCACCACCACCACCACUCAACGUACAAGGCCUGCAUACAACAUGUACAGAUUAGGCCGAAGACGACAUCGGAGAUCCAAGGCUAUGAGGAGAAAUGCACUUGAGCAGGAAUGGAUGAUUAUCUCUUCAAGCUAUCAUAGUCAAAGCAAGGCGCGAGGAACGAUGCUUGUCCGAAGGAGCUUGAUUGACGAAGAGAUCGCAGUAAACACAAACAGCAACCACAAAUCUCUGGAGAGGGACUGCUAUCGAAGACCUUGGGCGUUCAUGGCGUUACAUUAGCAACACAUAGGUUGCAUUCAUCUGAUACCCAAUAAAAGCUCAG